CUUCAGGGUACCUGACAGCCUCUUCUGGCCUCUGCAAGCACCCACACACAUGACAUGCAAACACACAACACACAGACACACAUACAUACACAUAAAUGAAAAUAAAACUAAAAAUAUUUUUUAAAUCAAGUUUUGCCAAGGAUGUGGGAUGUCUCGUGCCCUGGGGACAGGAAAGGGAAAGGAACGAGCCACUCUGGAAAAUAGCUCUGUAGCUUCUCAAAUGUCAGCGAGAGAAAUUAGCAUGUGGCCCAGAAACCCCACUUCUGGAUAUAAACCAAGAGAUCUGAAAGCAGGAUAUUUUUAUUUGUUUGUUUGUUGAGAUGGGUGCUCUGUAGCCCACCAUGAUCUCAAAUAGACAAGGAUGAUAUGGACUCAUGAUUCUCCUGCCUCCACCUCCCAAAUACUGGGAUACUACAGACCUGCAUUGACAUGCUCAGCUUUGAAACCAGGAUCUCAAAGAGGGGUGUGUGUGUGUGUGUGUGUGUGUGUGUGUGUGUGUGUGUGUGUGUGUGUUUAAUGGCACUUCAAAUGGAAGUAACUUUUUUAUGUUUUAUUUUCUUUAUUUUUAUUUUCUGUCCAUUGUUUUUCUGGCUGUCUGUAUGUCUGUGUGAGGGUGUCAGAUCCCCUGGAGCUGGAGUUACAGACAGUGGUGAGCUGCCAUGUGGGUGCUGGGAACUGAACCCGAGUCCUCUGGAAGAGCAACCAGUGUUCUUAAUCUCUGAGCCAUCUCUCCAGUCCAAUUUUUAAUUUAGCCUAAAAAAAAAAAAGCAACAUAAUGAACGGUCAUUUGUUGCCUAUCACAGUGGCAGAGAGUCAAAUUCACAUUUCCAUAUGAGAUGAGACGGACUUCAGACCAAACAACCACGUGUCCUGUCCAUUAUUUCUGAAGAAAAUGGUCGGAAGUACACACCACAGGCCAGAGUACAGCCCUUGACUAAUCAGAUGCCCUAAGUGCCCCACACUUUCGCCUGCUGCUCAUUGGUUUUGUUAACUCCCGUGCUCUUCAGUGCUCUUCGAUGACACCCACAGGACAUUGCUAAUGGGUAGGGACACUGUUAGUGGCGGUCGACCCUGGCAGCCAAUGACUCCACUGAGUUGAAGUUAGAGGAGACUAGAGGGUGAGGGGGCACCUAGCCCCCGCCCCCCAGGAUAGGUGAGCGUCUUCCUAACUGAUGGCUUCUAUUUUCCCAGUCACUUGGGGCAGGUCAGCACUGAGGGCUGAGGAGAGAGGAGAGGGCACAGAGGAAUCCGGGAGCCAGCCAGGGCCUGGAGCUCACAGUCUCGAGCUUUCAGGCACUUCUCUCUCCUCGCUGGGUACGGCCCCAGAGCUCUCAGCCGCAGGAAAGAAUAGGCAGGUGAUUGAGUUCUGUCGGAGGGUCAAUCCUGAGAACAACUUGCUGCAGGCACAGGGAGAAGCUGCCCUGACAAAAUGUGAGGGCCAAGCUUCCCAGGAACCCAACAGCUCCUGCCCAUCUUCCUCCCCCUGAGAGCCUACACAUGACCCAUGAGCUCGCCUUGCUUCUUGCAGAGAUUGGUGUGGGCAUCACCGGCUUCGGCGUCUUCUUCAUCCUCUUUGGGAUACUCCUGUACUUCGACUCCGUACUCCUGGCUUUCGGCAAUCUGCUGUUCCUGACCGGCCUCUCCCUCAUCAUCGGCCUGAGGAGGACGUUUUCCUUCUUCUUUCAACGACACAAGCUCAAGGGGACCAGCUUCUUCCUGGGGGGUGUAGCCAUCGUGUUGCUGCGCUGGCCGCUGCUGGGCAUGCUCCUGGAGGCCUACGGAUUUGUUAGCCUCUUCAAGGGCUUUUUCCCUGUGGCCUUUGGAUUCCUGGGCAGUGUUUCUAACAUCCCCUUCCUGAGCACCCUGUCGCAGAAAUUUCAAGGCUCCAGCUCAAUGGUCUGAACCGUCGAGAUGCGCUCCUUGAACUUGGAUGGUUGGUGGAGGGGCUGGAAGUGGAAUGGGGGUUAUUCUCAUGAGCCCCCCUCCCCAGCACUGACUUACUUCCCAUCACACUCGGGAAGAUGGAACUGAUUGAUCUUAAACCCCCAAGUUAUCUCAAGACGCUGCCAGGAGUAGAGAUCCUGACCUUGACACCCAGCGGAGGCUGGAAGCAACUUUCCCAACCCGAAUUUAUACAGGGGAGUGAAGAUUAAAUUCUCAAGCUGUGAAUGUGUCUGAGAUUUGGGGUUGAUGUCUCCAGUCCAGGGUAUCCAGUCCAGCCCUAGGUUGUAUUUGCAAUCACUUCCCACCCUGACACUAUAAGGUAUAAUUGCAACCUCUAAGAGUCAGACCCUGCAAUUGGUAUAAUUUUCAUGCUGGUAUUUAACAUCCUAAAGGGUCUGAUAUGAUUCUAAGCUUCAGUUAACAUUAGGCAAGCAAUGGAAACUAACCCACACCGCACCAGGAAGAGUAUCUCAGCCCGAGGUGGCCACUCCACACAGGACACAGGACACAGCAGGUAGAGUUGGUGCAGAAACCACCUUCUGUUUGGGGGUGGAUGGUGCCAUUGCCUUCAGAGAAUCCAGCCUCACAGCCAAGCUGGUCCUUGUUCUGGGGAAGCCCCUUGUCUCAUGGUAAAAGAGUUUUUCUUUGUUUUGUUUUUCUGAGACAAGGUUGGCCUGGAACUCUCGAUCAUCCUGCUUCAAGUGUCUGAUUAUAUAUAUUAGGGAUUAUAUAUAUGAUGCACCAUCCAGGCUUAAAAGGAGUAGACUGAAGAAAGGCACAGGCCAGGCUUUGGUGGCACACACUUUGAAUCCCAGUACUUGGGAAGCGGAAUCAAACGGAUCUCUUGUGGGUUCAAGGUCAGCCAAGGCUGCAGUGAGACUCUGUCUAAAAUAAAAUAACAAACAAACAAACAACAAAACCCUUAAGGGAAGAAGGGGGGGAUCAGAGUCAUGGUGAGCAUCCAUUGAGCUCCUUCCUCUAUUUGCCUGGCAGCGGAGUAGGUGCUAGGGGGUACCAAUGGAGGCUGCCCUCGCCCUUCAGGCACCCAGUGCCGCCCACUCUCCGAAUCUGCUUUCUCAAGGCCAGCUUGGCAGCAUCAAGUACAAAAUAGGUAUGCCCUCUCCCUCUCUUCCUUCUGAAGUAUUAUUAUAAUUUGGGAGUGGGGGCGGGGCAAGGUCUCACCACGUAGAACAGGCUGUCUGCAAACUCGUAGGUCCAGCUGCCUCUGCCACCCAAGUGCUGGGGGUGGAUGUGCCACUAUGCCGGCCACGUUUUGAUUUUUUGAGACAAUAUCUCAACUCUGUCACCCAGCCUGGCUUGGAACUCUCUGCACAUCCCAGACUGACUUCAGACUUACCAUCCUUCUGCCUCAGGCACCCAGGAGGUAGAAUUCCAUGGAUGGGCCGCUAGGGCCAGCUUUACUCUCCUUCCUUACAGCCUGCUGCCUACAUAACUGUCCGGCACAUCUGACCAUGCCCUAGCUCAUGCAUGUCACACAACAUGUCAUGCAGGAGCUCAGGA